AAAAUGUCAAAUAAAAAGAUAACGAACUUUUUUAAAACUACAUCCACGAGUGUCAGUGUUACUGCGAGUACUGCAUCCGAUUCACUUAAACGGAAACACGAAUUGGAAACGGAAGAUAGUCAAAUUAUCGGUAACCAGUUGGAAAAUGUUGUACAUCUUACUCAAAAAAAUGAUAUUGGCUUGUUUCUUAAUCGCUGCUUAUCUGAUCAUGAAAAAAACAUAGUAUUAACAAAUUUAUGGUCACCUCAAGCAAAUUACUUGUUUCCAUUGCUUAAUAAUAAUGCCAAGAGAAAUAUCAAAUUUCAGCAACGUUGGCUAGAUAAAUUUAAUUGGUUAUCUUAUUCCGAAAAACUGGAAGGUGCUUUUUGCAAAUACUGCGUAGUUUUUGCCAAAUCUGGUGGUAAAGGAUCUCAAGCUUUAGGAAGUCUUGUGACACAUGCUUUUCAAAAUUGGAAAAAAGCUUUAGAAGUAUUUGAAAAACACUCAAAACAUGAAUAUCAUACCUUGUCUUUAUUAAAAAGUGAACAGUUCUUAAAAUCAUUUUCAAGUGGCCAACCAAGCAUAAUUGAUAUUUUGGAUACAGAAAGAAUGAAACAAAAAAAAGAAAAUAGAUUAAAUCUUCUUCCAAUUAUCGAAUGUGUCAUGCUUUGUGGAAGGCAAGAACUUGCUUUACGUGGACAUAAAGAUGCUGGUCCAAUUUGUUUUAAAACUGAAUCUGAACCUUAUAUUAAUGAAGGUAAUUUCCGUGCCAUUUUGAAGUAUAAGGCUAAAGAUCUGAAUCAUUUAAAACAUUUUUUGGAAUCUGAUGGCCGAUACAAGUACACAAGUGCAAAAAUCCAAAAUGAAAUUAUUUCAUCUGCUGGAGAUAUUUUAUUAGAGAAAAUUGUCAAAGAGGUCAAUUCUGCCAAAUGCUUUUCAGUUUUAGCAGAUGAAACGACUGACAUUUCAGUCAAAGAACAAUUAGCGUUGUGUGUUAGAUAUGUUGUUGGUUCUGAUGAAAAUGUAUUUGUUUGUGAACGCUUUUUAAAAUAUAUAGAAAUUCAUAGUCUGACAGGAAAAGACAUUGCAUCAACUAUUGUGAAUGGGCUUAAUUCAUGUGGAAUAGACUGCAGUAACAUGUAUGGACAAGGUUAUGACGGUGCUUCUAAUAUGUCGGGGCGUUUUAAAGCACACUCGUUGAAUUUAGCUGUAUCUACAAGUUGUGAUAUUCAAGCAAUACGAAAUUCUUUGGGUUUGGUUGAAAAAAUGUACUGCUUUUUAAAUACACCCAAACGCAAAAAUGUCUUGUUAAGUGUUAUUAACGAAAGUGACAUGGAUACAAGAUCAAAAUCUAUUAAACAUCUUUGUGCAACAAGAUGGGUGGAAAGAUAUACAGCAAUAAAUGAUUUUGUAGAAUUAUUUCCUUAUGUAAUUCAAACAUUAGAAAAAAUAUGCGAGUGGAAUGACACAACUUCGACUGAUGCCAACAUUUUAAUGAAAGCAAUGGACUCAGAAUUUUUAAUUUCACUUCAAGUUAUUAAAGUUUUAUUUUCAUAUGGUUUACCAUUAUGUAAACUUUUGCAAAAAGUCAAUCUUGACUUAAAAGAAGCAGUAGAUCUUGCUGAAGUUACUGUGGCUACUAUUCAACGUUUACGUGGAAAUAUAACUGAAGAGUUUAAACAACUGUUUAAAGAAGCUGAGAAAAUGGCUAAUAUAUUAGAUAUUACCAUAUCGAUCAAACGUUUGAGUAAAAAAUGCACAAAACGAGCCAACCACCCUAGUAUUAAUGACCCUGAAGAAUAUUAUAGAGUUACAAUAGCUAUACCAUAUAUUGAUUCAUUUAUACAGCAGUUAAAUGAGCGCUUUUUAUGUCACAAAAAUGUACUUAAAGGAUUUCAAUGUUUGUUUUCUGGUACAUACUCAGACGAUUUUGAUGAACUUCUUCAGUUUUAUCUUGACACUGAUAAACAAAUUGUUAAAGCAGAAUUAAAUCUGUGGCAUGCAGUACUUAACAACAAUGGACAACACCCUAAAAGUGGGUUGGAAGCAUUAAGGCUAUGCAAGAAGGAAAUGUUUCCGAAUCUUCAUUUCUUAAUUCAAAUACUAUGUAGUUUACCAGUGUCCACAGCUACCCCAGAACGAACGUUUUCAUGUCUAAAAAGAUUGAAAACUUAUUUAAGAAACACAAUGACAGAAACACGACUUAAUGGACUGACAAUGUUGGCUGUUCACACUGAUAUACCACUUUCAGCUGAAGAAGUCCUUGACGAACUUGCAAAAAAACCCCGUAAACUAGACUUUGUUUUAUAAUUUUUAAAUAUAGUUUUUACAUUUGAUUACAUAA